GGAAAAUCUUUGUUUACAUAAACAACGUUCAAUCGCAUAGAAGCUGCCCUCUUCCAAUUUUACAUCCAUAACACGAACUGCUACACGUAUUUUGUCCAACACUUGGUUUUGAAAGCUGGUUACCCGAAAUACGUGUGGCAGAGUUUGCGACACUGAUUAGCUCUUUAGUCUGUAUCCAGGUUUGCAGUUCCAAAAGAUAUUAAAUUUUGACGUGGGUGGAAGUACACAACAAGGGCAACUUAUUUCUGCGAAAAUAUGACGUACGUGAUAAAACGAACCUCAUUUUCCAGCACAGUGAAAAAUUUUGCAAGGUGGACAACGUAUUUGUAGAUAGUUUACAGUUAUAUUCCGUUGCAAGAUAAUAGCCGGCUAGUGUCUACUGAUAAGUUUAAUGUGAAUGUUGAACAAGGUCUUAAACUAACUUGAAAUUGAUGUAUCACUAUUACUAAGGCAGUGCCAGCAGUUUACAGACUUAACACGUCGCACCACAGUUACAUUAAAUACAACGCCUGAACGCUGAAAGGUCAUGGCCAUGAGCUCUCCUGGUAUGCCUUUGAGAACAUUAGAGGAUGCCGAUACAGUUUUUAACAGCAGUGUCUUUCCCACAUGUACUGCAGAUGGGGAUAACAUAUCAGGUGUGCCACUGGUUUCAGACCUCGAACUGAAUGACAGAAGACAUUCGGAAGGAGAUGGUCCUUUACGAGCAGCCAGUAGCAUUUCGAAACAGGACUGCAGGGGCACCACUGUAGAUGACCUGCCAGACGAACUGAUGCUGGAGAUUUUCUCGUAUUUGAGCUUCAGUGAAAACAUUAAAGUUUUACAGAAUGUGUGUACUCGUUGGAGAAUUCUGGCCCAGGACGCUCAUUUGUGGCUUCACGAGAAGUACAUUGUUAGACAGGAAACGAGUGAAGAGGAGGCUAUUGCGACAUUUACUGCUGCACCACAGCUGCGAACUGUGAUUCUGGACAAAGAAGUCUCACCCAGGGUCUUUGAGGCUCUAUCCAGAAGCUGCCCACACCUGACCACUUUGGAGAUGAAUCUUUUUCAGAUGCUGACUUGCUUGGAAGCUGACAACCUGUUUGUUGGCUGUAGAGAGAUCCGCACACUGUUCAUUUCCGUGAGGGGUCUCCGGGCGAACAUGAGGUUGUUGAACGCCGUGGCACGGCUGCCACACCUGCGAGUGCUGCACAUACAGCAUGUUGAAAUUGUGGACGAGGUGAUUCCGCUGCGCAUUUUAGCUGAGGGCUGCCCACAUUUAUGUGACUUGUGCCUCGGGGGCAGUUGCGGCCUAUGCUACCGGAUUCAAGAUGCCGAGUAUUUCAUCAGUUCCCAUAAAUAUGUGCUCAAGGGCCUGCGUACCAGGUUGACAUCAGUCGAGGGCAGGAGUAUUGCUCCACUGCUGCCUGCUUGCGCCGAGGUGCUGGAGCACCUCGAGCUGAUAGACUAUGAUGAGAUCAGUGUCGAGGAAGCCACAGAAACGUUCACUGCCCUGGGGAAACUCCACAACCUGCGCUGUCUUCACUUCGGUACUACUAAAUGGGAAGUCCGACAUUUGGUUCCUGCUGUGUUUGAGAAUGGACGAUUGCAGAAACUACAGCAGCUCCAGCUGAGUUACAUUGUGGAGCAGAAGACGGUGUGUGCUGUGGCGGAGCACUGCCCUGAUCUGCAAGAACUUGAACUGCUCAGAUGCGAGGGACACACGGACGCUCUUUUUGAGCCACUCCGCCAACUCAAAAAGCUGGAUACAUUGAAAAUUACUUAUUGUCAGUGUCUUGGUGGAAAAGCAAUGUCAUACAUAGCUAAGCUGCCAGCAUUGCAUGCUUUGGAAUUCAGUGACAUUAAAUUUUAUAAGUUAAAACCCAGUGUAAACUGCAUCCUUGAAAUGUCAGAGCUGCGCAGACUUUUCCUCAGGGAAUGUAUCUGCUGGGCCAUACCAUUUGAAAAGUUUCCUGGCAGACUAGUGAACCUCAGAGAGCUGGAGAUAGACUACUGUGAUGGAGACCAAGACGUGCUGGACAGAAUUAGUGCCCAGAUGCCAGACCUGAGGGUGAAGGGCACCCUCGGGGCACUCAUCACAGAUGAUAGUUACGAAGAGGGUGACUACAUCACAGAUGAUAGUUACGAAGAGGGUGACUACGAGUGACACCAUUUCCAGCAUCUGCGCACACUCGGCACCUGGAGCUGGGGAGCUGCGGGACUGGCACACUGCUGGAAGCUGCACUGGUGUUCCAAAGACCCUGACCACAAAACUCAGCCUGUGCUCCAUUUUUUUAAUAUUGUCAGCUUCAGCAGGUUAUUGGAUGCCUGAAAUAAGGAAUGGGAAAGGGGAACAAAAGACAAUAUAACAAUGGUGAAGAUUUUAAUAACUGCAGAUGUGUCAAGUGCCUCAGUUUUGUUUUAAAUUAUUCUAUUUAUUUAUCAAUGACUUGAGUGACUGUUUGUUAUUGGAAAUUGUACCAGCACAAAUAAAAAUAAGUUUUUGGAGUAUUAUGAGUGGCAGCCAAUCUUUUUAAUACUGUGUGGCUGAAAAAUUUUCCUAUGUAAUUCUAGAUUCAAGUUUUUGAUUAUGUAGUGAUGUCUGUCUACAUUCACUAAAUGAUGUGUUGAUCACACUAAAAGGAAACUUGUGAUUUUUUAUUAUUUAAAAGACAAAUAAGGAAGAAGACAAUUAAGGAUUUUGUUGUGAGGUGACAGUAUUCUAAGCAACAAAGAAAAUAUAUUUGAAUUUAAACGUAACAACAGUUGCCAAGGAUGUACAGGCAUGUGUCUGUGGUAUGAUUUGGUAGAGGGAAAGGGUUUGCACUCUUAGGCUGUGAGUGAAUGGUCUCAAAGGAUUAAAUGUCUUCAGAGUCCCGUCUUGCCGUAUAAACUGUGAUUUUUCCUAAAUUGUGAAAUCCUGUAGUUUCUGGAAAAGAUUCCUACAAGAGUGCCUCGGUUUUUAGUUUAUUUAUUUAUUUUUUAAAUGGCUGUAUGUGAUCUAUUUCUCCAUCUCUAAUAAUUUUGCCCUCCUUAUCAUGAUGAAUUGCAAUCAGUGUUUCUUCAGGUUUCCAGAAUAUCACCCAUUGAGAUAAAAAUUUCCAAUCUCUUUCCAGCCUCCAUUGCCAGUUCAGACUUUCUGUGACAACUAUAUUUUGCCUUCUUACUUCAGUUACCAUUGUCUGGUUUUACACAGCUCUCCAACCUAGUCUGUCCUCUGCUUUUCUCUUCAUAACUGUAUAACUUGUGUGCCCUACAUCCCCUUGAAGCUGUUAAUUGUAGUCAAGCUUUGCUUUUCUUCAAAAUAUUAAUACAUUUCUCAGAAAAGUUUUUCAUGCUGUUACUAGUUUGUGUUUUAUACUCUCUGCUUCUGUCAGUGUCAGUUAUUUUGCUGGACAAAUACUAAAAUUCAUCUGCUGCAGUAGCAAAUGGAUCAUUUUCAAAUAAGCAGUAGUAUGUUAAUAUUUAAGAAAAGGAAAAUGUUAUUUAUUCAGUAUCAGAAGUUAAAGUUUGCUGUUAUGUAUAUGGUCACUUACAAAAACUGUCGUGCAAGUGGCAGCCAAACCAAAAGUUACUUAUAAUUUAGGUCAACAGGCAUUUGUCAAUAAAAUCUGUGUUGGCCAUCCGAACUACAAUAAUUGUGAAGACUGAGACAGAUCAUCAAUUGUACGAGAUUCGAACUCCGGUGUGCCAGGAACAAGUAAACAUAAUAGUUGACAAGGACUGUCUAUAACCGCCAGGACUGUGUAAGACAUUCAGGAAUUGCCAUACUGUACACAGAGAAUGAAACAAAAUCCAGUGCCUCUCGCAGCUGGCAUACAAAGUCUUUGACAGCUUGUGUAAACACGGCAGCUUACAGUAAAUGACCAUCUUGGUUGCUGUCAGACCCUCAGGAGGAGUAUCUCAAAAAGUAUUAACCCACAGCCCAUGAAAGGUUAGAUACUUACACAUUAUAAUUAUUGGAGAAAUAAAACUGCACAGUAAUACACCUUGUCUUAUUUCAGUUUUAUUCUGUUUUUUUUUUUUUUUUUAAUUAUUUUUUUAUAGAUAAAGUCAGAUUAUUUUGUUUCGGAGAAUUGGCAACACUGAAUCUAACCCGUUUUUUGGGGGGAGGUGGGGGGGGGGGGGGGGGUAGCGUUUGGCAUAAAACCCUUCCAACCCUAGUUGACUGGGUAUAGUAACCGGAGUGGACCCAUCUAUAAUUGUUAUAUAUGUCAGUGAAAUCAAUGCUGAUGGCUGUUUUCCUGUUUUUUAUUUACCGAUUUGAUUAAUAUUCACAGUGUCAUGAAAAUUUAAGUUUCCUAACAUUUAUUGUGGUAUAAUUAUUUGUAGACAGAAAUACCAUGUACUUUGUAGGUUCAGUUAAUGUAAUGCAACACCAUUGAAAAAGUUAUUUAAGUCAGAUCUGUAGUGAAAAUAUUCGAAUUUUAAGUUAGAUGUCUUUGUCAGUAUGAGCGUGUUUAUGAGCACCGAAUAAAUCUUUGUUUAAGCUAUAUUCAAAAGACGUUUAUUCCUAACAU